AUGCAUUGCUUUUUUGCUGAGCUGGAGCCGUCUAUCCCCGUCACGGAACAAAACCUGGCAGACCGAGUUCGGUACAUCAUGCGCUCGAAAAUAUUUGAUGAUGCCGAACUCGAAGGACUACGACGUGAGGCUAUUCCGUCGUCGAAUGAAUCGGCUAUGGCUGGAGAUGCAGCUCCACAUUCGACAGACCAGCAUCCACACGUGGAAGCCGCCAUGGAUCUUCCAGUUGUGGUUGAUUCGAACGACGAUGAAAUAGUCUCCCACGAACUAAAGCAAAUGAGGAGUAUAUUGGAAGAGGCGAUUUUGGAAACGCGCAGCACCCCUCUCGAAAACCGACCGCGACUUCCCCGCAUACCCUUAAGCAAGCGAAAUCGGGCUGUCGUGAGGGCUCUUAACCCAAUGCUGGUGACCUAUUUGGAAGCCAGCCGGGACCUUUGCGAGACGGACUCGAUUCUCUUUGGCGCCGCAGUGGCAGUUUGCCGUAUUAUUGGCGCCAAACUUCCCAUGGCUGGACGCGCUACUACACAAAGUAACGCCAUCCCAGCCUGGAGGAAAAGAAUCGAGGACUGUAUCGCAAAGGCAAGGGCCCUUAUCGGCAGACUGACAAGCUUCAGGUCGGGUAAUAAUAGACCGAGGAUUAUGCGCACCGUUAGGAUGGCGUUUGCUGGGACAAAUAUCAGUUUGUCCCAGCCGGAUAUCACGCAGAAACUAACGGAGCGCAUAGACGACCUGAAGCAAAAGAUCGCUGCUUGGGGGAAGCGGAUUCGACGAUUUUCCGAGGGGUCAAGGCGGUUCAACCAGAAUCGUCUCUUCCAGAGUGAUCAGAAGAGGCUCUAUAAAUUAUUGGAGCGACCAAAGGUAUGUGUAGCGGGCCAAGGACCGGAUCAGGCUGACAUUAUCGCAUUCUGGCGUGGCCUGUGGUCAGAGCCCGUAAAUCACAAUGAGGGCCCUUGGAUGGAAGUUGUGGCGAGCCAGGGUGCGAGUGUUACGCCUAUGGACCCCAUCACCAUAACGCCAGAAGACGUGGCUGAGGCGGUCCGUAGGGCCCCGAACUGGAAAAGUCCGGGGCUCGACGGGCUGCAUCAUUACUGGCUGAAGGGGUUCGUAGUGUGUCACGCUGUGCUCGCCCGACAGUUUCAAGAGGCUCUCGACCAGAAGUCACUCCCGAGCCUCUUCACUACUGGGAUCACUCACUUGGUUCCUAAAGAUCAAGAUACCACAGACCCGAGCAAAUACCGCCCCAUCACGUUAACAGAUUCAGAGGUUGACCAAGAAAGUAUUGAAAGAACAUAG